GCUAUGAAUAUAAAAGACCUGCCGCGUGGAUUCCGAACACUCCUAUAACGCAUUAUUUCCUUAGUAAUUUAGGAAAAAAGGUUGAAAUACCGUUACUAAACAAAUGUUUGAUAAAUGAACACACAACAUAUUCAAUCAAAGGUACUGAAGGCGUUUUGCAAACAAUCGAAAAAGGAAAAUCUAAUCUUGACUUGGUGUUAAAAGCACUAAUAAUUGAAAAUGAAUCAAUAAUUGCAUAA